AUGUCAAUGAAUUUAACAAUAUUGGAUGAUGAGGACGAUUUCGAGUAUGAAAAUCUGGAAGAUUCUGAAGACGAAAUCGAUUUGGAAAAUUCGUUGGACGAGUUUCUUGAAGCCGAAAUUUAUCGCAAUUUUUUGAAUGACAAUGGUUUUGAAUUCGGUGAUGAAGACGAUGACGAUUUCGAUGAUUAUAUUGAUCCUUUGUAUAAUUAUUGA